UGAAAGCGACCCGAAAUCGUAGAUGGCGCUUGCUGAACGCGUCGUUUUUUAUUUCGUCGGAAUAUCAUAGCUGCAAGCGAAGUAAGUUUCUUCUAGCGCUCGUUGACGCCUUGCAAUGAAAACACGCACCCUCUUCCUGCUGUAUUUGCUACAUUCCCGAAGGGAUUAAGGGGCGUUUAGUUAGGAAAGUGUCGUUCCCUGUAUCCUUUUUUUAAUUUUUUUUUUCAACGAGGACGUUAGCUGUGGAAAACAAUAUGGCCGCAGCAAAUAAACAGUUUUUUGUUUACGACCGCCGAAAAAGCAAUACACCAGAGUCUGUGAUUGCCGUGGGGCCGAAGGAUGACUACCUGGAUCUAAGGACACGGAUAAUAAAGCACUAUGGGAUCGCCUCCUCGGAGCCAUUCGUUAUCUGCACAACAAACAGAGAAGAGAUUAACAAGGCUACUUACGAGAAGCUUGAAGGAGGCGAGACCCUGUAUGUGCUCAAGAACAUUGACCAAGAGCUCACAGGACAAACGUUUCAGAAGGUGGAGUACCUACCACAUUAUGACACAAUCAUCAAGUCUGGCAUGUACGAGUACUAUGCUUCUGAGGGACAGAAUCCACUGCCAUAUGCAUUUGCUGAGCUCAUUGACAAUUCCUUGGCAGCCACCAAGAACAAUGUUGGUAGUCGGAAAAUUGAGCUGAAACUGUACCUGGACGACAGCUCGCAGCAGGAGAGGAGCACCAUCCUUGUAAUGGACAAUGGCUGUGGCAUGACCUCCUGGCAGCUCAACAACUGGGCCAUCUACCGGCUGUCCAAAUUCAUUCGCAAGGAAAAGGCACUGCAGCUUGUAGAAGACGGUAACUCUAAAGAAGGGGCUCUGCACAAGCCUCGGUUUCUCAACAGUGAGAUCUCUUAUUUUGGAGCUGGUGGCAAGCAAGCUAUUUUCUUCAUUGGCAACUCGACCAGGAUGAUCACAAAACCACAAGGUUCAAAGGAUGUUCACGAGCUAGUCAUCUCGAAGGAUGAGUUUGAGCGGCGUGAGAAAGAGAAAGGGCUCAUCUACUCUGGCAACAUACUGAACAGAAAGCCUGGCGAUGCAAGUCACGUCAGUACAGAGGAAGAAGGUCUGCAGGAAGUCAUUGCAGAUGAAGUCAACAAGGAGCAGUUCACCUGUGUGGUCAUCUGGGGCAUCUCUAGCGAACAUGUCCAGUUCCUCAAGCAUAACUUCAACACCUGGUGCUCUCAGCUGGCACAUAUUUAUCACUACUACUUGCAUGGUCCAAAUGGAAAUGUUGCCCCGGAUGAGGCUAGCCGUGCACCAUCUCCAUACCGGCAUAUUGACAUUGAGGUAAGCCUAAUCAUGAAGAGCGGGCAGCACAAGGUGGCCAACCUGCGAGACAUUGAUACGGAUCCUGAGACUCUGUUGAUCCGCAGCACAUCCGACCGGUUUGACUUUAGGGCUACUGUAGACGGGACACGAGUGGUGGAAGGACAGCUGCGUUAUCACCCAUUUCUUUAUGAUCAUGAGAGCUAUCCAUCGGAGCACAGUGACCACAGAGAUGGUGACGAUGAAGAUGAGCUGAUGGCCAACGGUGUCAAGCCAGCCCGGGGUCAACGGCCUAUCUUUGAGUGCUUCUGGAAUGGCCGACUCAUCCCCUACACCACAAUCGAGGAGUUCGACUGGUGCAGCCCUCCCAAGAAGACAAGAAACAUUCCCCUUGAAUGCUUCAACAGGAUCUCAGGUGUCCUCUGGACAGAUGACGCAUUCCAAGUAAGCACCAACAAGCUCACUUUCAUGGAUCUGGAGAACAAGCUGCGGGAAAAGAACACCAUAUUUGCUCGGGUUGUCAAUGGCCAGGCGGUGCGUGCCAGCAUCGAGAAGCACUUCCUUGAAUGGCUGCAGUCGUGCCACGAGCACAGUGACAAGCAGAUCAUGUUUGAGUCCUUCCAGGAGACAAUCAGCCGGAGGGACACGCAGAAGUACAAGCAGUACCCCUGGGCUGUGUUCAAUGCCAUUGAGUGGGAUGGCAAGCGCUUCAAAAAAGGACAGCUGAUUAGGACACAACGAACAAAUCCAAUUAUUAUUGGCUCUAUCCGGAGGUUCCUUUUGUAUGGUGACUACACUGAGAAUGUCUGUGCGACAGGAGGGGAAGUGGAAAUCCAGCAGGAGCCAAAAUCGCUCUACGAUGAGGUGAAGAUCUUCCCACUAGCAAAGCUGGAUCGCAAGGUCACAGAUUCCAUGCUGCAGAAGAUAAUUGAUGAGGAAGAAGGCAGGUUGCCUUCAAAGCUGUAUGUGACAUGGCCUGAAGGAGAUCAGCUCUACCCAAAUGAGAAGCGGCCAGCUGGAAAGGCCAUAGGUGACAUCAAGGUGGAAAUUCAGAACAAAAAAGGGGAGAAUGUCAGCAAGCUACCUGGGGCUCAGAACAAGCGUCUCUCCGUGGAGAUGAAGAUCGUCUGGCACUCUGCAGCGGGUGAUAAGGUGGUCGCGCAGUACGUCUCUCCUCACAACAAGAACUGGGGCUACUGGUUUCGCAGGAUGGAGAACAUUCAGAAUUUGGGUGCCCACACACUUACCCUUCAAGCCAUGUUGAGCGACUCUACCACAGCUAUGACAUCUGGCAAGGAGUUGCCAUCAUUUAAGAUUCGUUUCACGGUGACAGAAGCUGCACCAGACAAGUUCAAUGUGGGUUACUUGGAGGGCCCAUUUCGUGUUGGCACACCCUUCCAGAUCCCGCUGGACUUUCUUGACAAGUAUGGGAACUCAACCAAGCCAUCUCCGGACCUCAGGCCAGAGCUCAAGGCCAAUGGCCUGGAAUUAUCCUACGAUGGUGUCCAAGCCAAAGGCAACACGCUGAUAAUCAAGGGCAUUGUGGCCAAGGGGAUUGUGGAGUCAAACUCGGGAAAGAGCUUCAAUCUGACCGUGAAAAUUCCUGGCCUCGAUGAGAACACACAGACCCUCAAGAUUCGCUUGCUUCCUGGGCCAGCACAUGAACUGCAGGUCCUGCCUGAAGUUGAAGACCAACUCUCAUUUGAAAAUGGUUCUACCCCAGCUUUCGACUUGGCUGUGCUUGAUAUGGCAGGAAACUAUACGUGUGAACCGAAGUUUGUCGUAAUUUGCAAGUUUCAGGCACCUCGUCAGACUGGCCUGCCCACCUACACAGUGGAUCUGUCAAACAGCUGCAAGGGCACCAUCACAGGCCCCCCUCUCACCCUGCGCCAAGUGCAGAAGGAAGAGAAGGUUACUGCCAAGUUUGAAGUCCAGAACUAUAAGAACAUAGCACAUGUGGAGAGAGUUCUGACACUGCUGCCAAGCCACCAGGCAGCUGCGCUGUACCUGUCUUGCACAGGAGAAGAUGGGAAUGAAAUGGAACUGGAAAAUGGCCGAGACCUUCCGUGGGUGGCAGGGGAGACAAUCACAGGGCUCAGGUUUGAGGUGCGUGAUGAAAUAGGGAAGCCCAUAACACUGACAAGCAGUCUCGUCUCCAAGCUCAAACUGAACUGGGCAUCUGACAUACCAAAGGACCAAGUCCUGGCGGGCCGCCUACCAGACAUCAUUUGCCCAUCAUCUGUGAAGCAGUCCCUUUUCUGCCACAUGUCCAUCAACUCUGGUCGUGCUGUGGACUUUUCCUUUACAGUGAAGCCAAAGAACGGUGAACCUGCCAUCCUGAAAGUGUCAUGCAAAGGGACGACUGAUGUGCGCAUUGGUGAAGUCCACCAGUCUGACAUUCUCAUCAGUCUCACAGACAAGUACCAGAAUCCAAUCAGAAAGCUGCACAUGAAGGACCUUGCUGAGCUUCUCAUCAUAGCUGAUGGCAUAGACUAUGGGGAUGUAGUGAAGUCCUUAGACCAGAGUUGUGGCUUUCAUGUGAAAGGCCUCAAGUUCAUGGACAGCAGCCUAGGAUGCAAGGAAGUUUGCUUCCAGUGGCGAAAGCUCAAAGACUACCUGCGACUUAACAUUGUUCCUGGUCCGCCUGCCAGCCUCGCUUACACAAACUACAACCCUGCGGAGCCUGUGACAGUGACGCCGGACGGAAAGAUCCCCAAGCCCUUGGUGGUACAGCUUCAGGAUGCCAGGGGUAAUCCUUCCUUGGAGCCCAACAUCAAGAUCAUCCUUGGCACAGACGAGGCUAUCAAGGCGAUACCUCCUCAGCAACCAGUGAAGACGGACUCCAAGGGAAAGGCUUCCUUCGGCAUUCUCACGCUUGCCCUCAAGAAUCCUGUUGCUCCCAAGCCAUGCGAGUUUAACAUCUGCUCCACCAACUGCCGAGGUCUUUUCACACUGGGCACAAAGGCAACUAUUGGCCGGACAAUCAUCAAUGGCCCUGUGCUGAAGCUGCACUUGACUUGUGACCCAGAAAAGCCAGUGGAGCUUAAUGUGGACUACAGAGGGAAAAAGACCUACACUGUGGCUGAUGAGUUGCCAGAGACGACUGUGCGCGUGGUCGCAGAAGAUGGCAAUGUCAUGUGCUCUGUUCUUGGGAAACAACUGAGCAUGAAGUUGACUCGUAUAGACUGUGCUCCAAAGAACCACCAAAAGGUAUUCACAGUAGCUCCAGCUGAAAACACAUCUUCCAAUGGCGUUUAUCACUUCAGAAAAGUGAGGGUGCCAGAAAAGUCUGGAGAAUAUAACAUGCAGUUCCACUUUAACAAUGGCAAGCAUGCGAUCAGCAGUACGAUUAUAUCGCUAACAGUUGUUCCGGAUAGUCCCGUGAAACUGGCGCCCCAGCAAGACCCUGUGAUUCCUUCAGUUUCUAACCAAUCCAAGUCCUCCUGUCGGAACCUGCUCAAGUACCUCAAGUUGGAUCUCACAGACCGAUUUGGCAACAACACAGCGAUGAAUAUGACUGGCGUGCUGACACUACAGGUGAUCUCUCCUGACCCAUCUGUGAAAGAAGUUCCGUACUUUGAAGGAAAUGUAAACCAGUACCAAGUGCCUAUCAGCAAAGGAUGCGCAGUGGUGCAAAACCUGCAAAUCCAAGAGAACACUGAGGGAGUGGAUGGUUUCCAGUACAUUCUGCGAUUUACACCCAAGUUGCACAAGACGGCCCUUCCCAAUUAUGAAGUGCCUUUUCUUUUCUACAACGAUGCAUCAAAACAAGAAGAGAUGGCGAAAUUAACCAAGAAGAGGACAGAUCUGCUGAAGCAGCUGCAGACUUUUGAGGACCUCUUCCAGACAACUGAGAACAUCUAUAUUGAACUCGAAGGCAGGAUGCUUUCACUGUAUCCUGUAUUUGAAAGAAAUGAUAGUUUUGAUGAAACGUUUGAGGGAAGGUCACUUUUUGUUGCAGCUGUAAUACGUGACGCCCAGACAGAAGAAUCCAAGUACAGGGGCGAACUGAGGAGGAUCGGGUUCAACAGCAAUUUCAUCAAGGAGGAGCAUCAUGUUGGUCCUGCCCUGAAGAUCUCUGAGCAACAGAAGCAGGCAUUGGACAAUAAGAACAGGCGUGUGUACGUGCCUCCACCUUACCCAGACGAGCCUGGUGUGCUUGGCAAGGUUGGCCACCUUGCUUGGGUGGAAGAGGAUGAUGUGUCUGCUGUCCUGUCGUGGCACAUGAGAGGGGACAUUGAUGUUGUGGUCACUGAGACAAUGGACAAGGCGAAGGAUAUCUAUCGCAAAACCAAUGGAAAGCAGCAGGUUAUCGCUCUGGACUCAAUUUUUAAGAGGAAUACAGCGAAGGCAUUGCCUCACCUAAGGAACAAGUCAUUCACUCCAACAGGGAAUCCCAAGUUUGCAUUAGACUACUUCAUAUUUCGGAAGGACCCUGAAGUCUGUCGAACUGUGUUUGCCAACUUCAUCGGGGAUACCAUUGUCCUAGACUCACUGGAUGAUGCUACCAAGUAUAGGACAGAGGUGACGAAGUUCUGUGCCUGCCCAACCUUGCUGGCCAAGACAGGUGAGCGCAUUGCAAGCACGGGUAAGUUUGGUGGCCACCAGAACCGGGCACCUGCCAUCGCCCAGCUUCAGGGUAACGUCUUUGGUGAGCCGCCCAUGAAGGACCUUGACAGAGUGCAAGAACAAAUUCAGCUCCUGAAGAAGCUUAGUGUGGCCAUGAAGAAACAGCGAGACGCACGGACAGAACUGGAGAAACAAAAGCAGAAGGACACUACUUUUGUGAUGAAGAAGAAGGACUAUGAGCAACUCAAGAAGGAGCUGGCAGGGGUUGAUGAGGCCAUUGCACGGCUCCAGUGUUCAGGUCAAGAUGAUGACCGGCUAGCUCUGCCUGUCCAAGACCUUGUGAGAAAUUCGCCCAGGCGCCAAUCUCUCCCAGCUGCACCAAUCAGCAGGUACCCUCCAGCUUCACCAAGAACACCCAGUGACAGCAGUAUGAAUGGCGUUUCUCGAAGAGGACGUGCUCCUCCCGCUCCUGCCACUGCACCUGUGGAAAGGAAACGCAGGCGGAUUACGUGAUGCACUCUAGGCUAACAUCAUCAUUCCACACGUUGCGACUUAGCCUGCUGUAGGAUACCUCACUUCACUUGGGCUUCAUUUGUAAUCAUACUGAAAAGGCUGUCUUCCUGGCGGCCUCUUUUUAUUUUUCUCCAUAUUUUUCUUACUGCUUUAUAUGCAAGGCACUCUAGACCCAUUUCUGUCUGUCUGCCACAACUGUUCGCACGGUCAUCAUUAGUUACUGCUGCCCACUAUGUCCUCUUUUAAUGUUGCUGACAGAUGUGUUGGUUCUCAUGUUUGUUCACAGUGAAAUAAUUUACAUGCUGAGUGUACAUGAGAGUGAAAACAUAUGAGGCGAGAAUGGCGUAGCGCAUGUAUAUAUAUAUAGAGAGUACAAAGAUGCGUGUGUCUGGUUAAAAGCUAUUAUUUUUUCCUUGUGGUGAAAGAAAAACCCUUGUUUUUCUACAUCAGUCACUGCUACAUUUUUUUUUUGUCACGUUAGUGUUCUGUUUCUGGAGAUACUGUGUAGGACUUUUUUUUUAUAUUUGGCUAGAAUUCAGAGCUGGUGGUGCAACUUAAGCUGACAGAAGUGGCCUGUAGGCAAAAGUAAUCAUUGUAAUGUGUGUACCAUUGUCACCAGCACUUGCAUGUGGCCCACUGCUGGCCAACAUUCUGCGCAACAAGUCUGUUUUGAGUUCUCUGGCUUACCUUUUCUUUUUACCAUUCUUGGGCUGAGCUGUAUCGGUUCCUAAACUCUUCAUUUAUUUCUGUCUCCAUAUUUACUGCACAUUAUCACUGGAACAGAAAUGUGUGUCAAGUUCUGUGUAUCGGACAUAUUCCACCUGUGCUAGCUUGUUAAACAUGCUGACGGCACAGACAUCAGCCUUUUGAUAUUCAGUGGGACAACAAUGAUUUGUUUCAUCUGUCGCAUUUCAUUGAACAUGGCAUAAUAUGGCUGAAAUUCUUUUGUGUAUAUUUUUGUUUUUACAUUUUUAUGUAGUUGUGGCACAUAUGCCUUUACCAGUGUUUAGAAUGAUCACUUGUCUAUAAUUGAUACGCUGCUAUGCUAUUAUUGAGACAUAAGACCAAAUUGAAAGUAUUGCAGGCCUGCAUGAUUCACAGCUUGCUAAAAUUAAAUUCUUUUGCUACUCACGAAAAGACUUCCGGCGAUUGUUCAAGGUGCUGUUAUUAACUGUGAACCAAAAGAAAUAUGAGAUUUGCAUCCUUGUCAAGCCAAUAAAUGUUUUUAAGCUUGUACUGUAAUUAUGAACAGUGGGCUUUUGAUCUACGCGCGUCUGUGGUUUGUUUUGUCCAAUCUAAUGAACUGAUUUUAUUACUAGCAUGAGUAAAACUCCUAAAACUGACGGAUGCCAUGAUUUGCUCUGUACCUGUGGGCAAGCAGUCAGCUGAAGUGUUGUUCUUGAACAAUUGUACAUAAUUGUGUCGCUCUUACGAGCUUGUUUGAAAGAAAUGUUUUACCCCUGUCUAGUUAUAGUUAGUAAGAAUUUCCAGGAAAACUGCAUCGGUGAAACUGUUUUUUCUUGCUGUUCUUGGGUGAUGUGUUGAGUGAAUCCCAACCACGUAAUACCGUUAAGCCCACCAAUGUCUGUUACCUGGGAGGUGUCCUGUUAUGCUGCUGGUUGUACCAUAUAUCUUUAUCACUGCAGAGUUGUUUGCUAAACAUAAGUCAUUUCAUGUUGAGGCCAUUCAUCUCCUACAGCCUACCUAUGUUUUAUGAUGACAAAGCUGGAGGCACCUUGUCCUUUUGCUUUUCUGACAAUAAAGUGCUAAUUCGAAAGCAUA